AUGAUCCGCGUGGCCAAACCCAAAAAUGCGCGCUCCAAGCGAGCGCUCGAGAAACGCCAGGCGCGCGAAUACGAAGCCGCCAAAACCGCCAUCUUUGUCCGCGGCCCUCACUCGUCCCAACGCCUCAAUGUCGCCUUGACCGAACUCAACCUGCUCAAGAAGCCCGACGCCAUCUCGUUCAACAAGAAGAACGAGGCGCUGCCCUUCGAGGACACAUCUUCAUUCGAAUUCUGGAGCAGCAAGAACGACGCUUCGCUGUUCAUGUUUGGCAACUCGCAGAAGAAGAGGCCGGACAACCUGACGUGGGUGAGGAUGUUCGAUGGACAGGUGCUGGAUAUGCUCGAGAUGGGUGUGGUGGAUGCCAAGGGGAUGGCGGAGUUCAAAGGGGUUGCGCGCCCGGGCGUGGGGAUGAGGCCGCUGUUCCAUUUCAGUGGACCUCAGUUUGCGAGUCCCACGGAUGCGACGACGAGCAUGGUGGCGGGUGCAGAGGGGACGGAGGGCGACCCGACAGGCGCGUAUCAGCAGUUCAAGAGCAUGCUCCUGGACUUCUACAGGGGUGAGGAGCUCAAGACCAACCAGAUUGCGCUGUCCGGUUUGCAGCAUGUCAUCAGCGUCACUGCCGCCCCAUCGGAUGAGGGGUCGAACGGCAAACCUACCGGCAACGGAGCAGGCGACUCGCUCGCCGACCUCUACAAGGCAGCAGGUCUCACACCCAACGGCACCAUGAUCACCUCCACCUCCUCGGCCACCGUCACCUCGCCACCCAACACGCUCAUCCACUUCCGCGUCUACACCGUCCAGCUCCUCGCCAGCGGCUCCAAGAUCCCGCGCGUCGAACUGCAGGAGUGCGGCCCCGCCUUCGACUUUCAGCUGCGCAGAAGGAGACCCGCAUCGAUCGACAUGCUCAACCAGGCGCUGCGUCGACCCAAGACGCAGGCGGAGAAGAACCGACAGGGCAAGGAGGGCGCCAAGAAGAACAUCGAGACCGACGACAUGGGCGAUACGGUCGGCAGGAUUCAUGUGGGCAAGCAGGACCUGAGCGGACUGCAGACGAGGAAGAUGAAGGGGUUGAAGAAGCAUCUGGACCCGAAUGGGAGCGAUGAUGAGGAGGAUGAGGAGGAGAUUGAGAUGGAUGAUAUGACUAUGUACAGCGAUGUUGAUGACGAGGAUGAGGAUGAGAUGGAUGAUGACGAUGACGAGGAGGAUGGAGAGGACGAGGAGGAUGACGACGACGAGGAGGAAGAGGAGCAACAGGCGCCCUCCAAGAGGAGAAGGUCUUGA